UUAAAGUUUUAUUCUCUUACAAAACCUAAAUCACUCUCGAAAUAACAACAAAAUUGGUCAUAAUAUUUUCAAAUUAGCGUACUCUUUCAAAUAAAUUGAUUGGAUUAGCUGAAGAUAAUUUUGUUUUUUAUGCGUCUCCAUGAUUUGAUCUGAUCUUCCAGAAGCUAUAAUAAGUGAUCUUCUAUAGCUUUGUAGUACAUUUGAUUUGUAUCUAUCGUUUCCUGUGAUCACUCCAAAAUCCGUUGUGGUACUUCCGAAUCCUUUUAAUUGUUGAUGCAGAAAUCCGGUAUCACUUCGCAACAAAAGAAUUUUUUAAGAUUUUAUUCCUCUCAAGUAUAAGCCUAAUUCACAAAUCACUUGAUUAAAAACGUAAGAGUUUUUUGAUUAAUCAUUGCCAUUAUAAAAAUACUGUUUCAGAUACCAGUAUGAGUUUUUCAAACAAAAAAUGUAUGAGUCCCGGACUUAUAACUAACAGAGGAUAUUUAAAUUUCUUAAGAGAAUUCCAACGACGUAAUCGCGGAAUAACGGCAUGCCAAGCGAUUUACGCAGCGGCUAAGGCAUGGAGAUGUUUAAGCCAAGAGCAGAAGUAUAAAUAUGAGAUAUUGGGACGUAAAUCAAAAAAACGACGUGGUAAGAAAAAGCCGAGGUGCCCACCUAAAAAAAAAAAGAAGAAGAAGACAUGUCGUAAAAAACGGAAGCCCAAGUGUAAAAAGAAGCCGAAAUGUGGAAAAAAGAAAAAAAAGAAAGCUUCUAAAAAAAAGAAGCCACGCAAACGAAAACCUAAGUGCCCACGGAAACGGAAACCUAAACGUCAACGCAAACGAAAACCUAAAUGUCCACGAAAUGAGCGUAAGCCAGACGUUCUUUUUGGAUAAGGUAACAUAUCCACAAGACUAAUAUAAGAACAUAGAAUCACAUAAACUGUGUUAUUUGGAGGUAAAUUAGCUUUUCGCUGUAGAUGGUACAAGACUUGGUGCAAAGAUAUGGUCAUUAUUUCAACAGAAAUCCAUCAGUAUAAAAUUAGUUCUGUCAUGUCAAUUUUACAAAAGAAUGUGCUUGUGACAAAAUUUAACGUAUUUUCUAAAUUUAAGUACUUAUAUUAUUUGU